AGCAGCAGCAUUAGUCUAGUCUCGGCCAGUGAGUGGACAGUCUCUGUGUGUGGAGAAAGCGUCUUUGGCAUAAUGUAGCCCCGCCCCCUGUGUGUCAGAGGCCCCGCCCCCACUCCGCCCCUCCUCCUCCUCCUCCUCCGGAGCUCUACAAGGCAGUCGUGCUGCGCGCGGCCCUGAAUGAAGAGGAGCGACGCCGGAGUGGAUUUAACGGGACCGGAUGCUGCACGCGCUCACCCCGCUGUCUGUUUGACUGUGUGUGUGUGAGAGUGUGUGUGAGUGUGUGUGUGUGUGAGUGUGUGUGAGCAGUAGAGGUGUGUUUCCGGUGUCGGUGUGCUGGAGGACAGAGGAAUGUGGAGUUUACAGAAUGCCCGACAGCGCCGGAAAGAGAUUUAAACCCACCAAAUAUAUCCCAGUGUGCACCGCGGCCACUCUGCUGGUGGGCUCCUCCACGCUCUUCUUCGUGUUCACGUGUCCGUGGUUGGCGAGUGUUAUUUCUCCCGUGGUUCCUCUCUACAAUGGCGCGGUGUUCCUCUUUGUCCUGGCUAAUUUCAGCAUGGCCACCUUCAUGGACCCGGGCGUGUUCCCUCGAGCGAAUGAGGAUGAGGAUAAGGAUGACGAUUUUCGAGCUCCUCUCUAUAAGAACGUGGAGGUGAAGGGGAUUCAGGUGCGGAUGAAAUGGUGCUCCACCUGCCACUUCUACAGACCACCACGCUGCUCACACUGCAGUGUGUGUGACAACUGUGUGGAGGACUUUGACCAUCACUGUCCGUGGGUGAAUAACUGCAUCGGUCGGAGGAAUUACAGAUAUUUUUUCCUCUUCCUGCUGUCUCUGAGCACACACAUGGUGGGCGUGUUCUCAUUCGGCCUGCUGUUUGUCCUGAACCACCUGGAGCGUCUGCGUGAGCUGCACACCAACGUCACUAUAAUAGUGAUGUGUGUUUCUGGUCUGUUCUUCAUCCCCGUUAUGGGACUCACCGGGUUUCACUUAGUGCUGGUGGCCAGAGGGCGCACUACUAACGAACAGGUAACGGGAAAGUUUCGGGGAGGUGUGAACCCUUUUACUCGUGGUUGCUGUGGCAACGUGAAACAUGUUCUGUGCAGUCCUCUAGCUCCAAGGUAUAUGGUGGACCUCAGGAAGAAGCCGAACAUCCAGAUGAACCCCCCGUUCCUGCGGCCGGUUCUGUCCGACCGGAACGUCGUCGUUAAACUGAGCGAUAACGGAGUUCACGCGAACAUCCUGAGAACGAAGUCUAAAACCAGUCUGGACGGUUUGGGGGAGAAAAGUGCAGAUAUUCAGCCUCCUCUUCCUCCUAAAGCUGAGCGUCAUCAUCAUCUUCAUCAUCAUCCUCAUCAUCCUCAGCAUCAGGUCCAGAAUCAGCUGACGUCCAGCGAAGGUUCCGUGUGCAGUAAGCCCACCGCUCCGUCCACUCCGGCCAUGUACAGGUUCAGACCGUCGUUCGGCACGAUGCCCACAGUGCAGUACCAGGCUGCGGGAGAGAAGAUCUCGAUGUCAGAGAACUCCAAAUCGUCGGCCAUCUUGGAAGAGCGAGCUCACGACUAUCGCUCCGAGCCGAACCUCGAUUUCCCGGAUUACGGCGGCGCCGAGGCUCCGCCCCUCCAUCGCCACUUCCUGUCGUCUCCGUUCCAGCUCGACUCGUACAGCCUGAAACACGCCAGCCGUAGGGACGAACCAGCGAAGCUAGGGGGCGUCAAACCCGAGUCGGUCACGUCCACGCCUCACAGGGGCGUGUUUUCCCCCGGGACGAUGUCCAGCCGCAACGCCAGUCUGUCCUACGACAGCUUAUUAACGCCGAGUGUAGCCGUGGCGCCGUCUGUGCCCUUCCACUCGCCCUACCUGCCCGCUAAGACGUGCCACGUGCGACGUCCCGAACUGCAGCACCAGCACUUCCCCUCCUCCCCGUACAGCCCCGCCCGCGUCGGCUACCUGUACGGCCGGGAACGCAGCGGCGAGCGAGACGGCGAGCGAGAGCGAGACAGGGAUCCGUCUCCAGUCCGCUACGAUAACCUCUCCAAAACCAUCAUGGCGUCCAUCCAGGAGCGGAAAGAGCUGGAGGAGAGGGAGAGGCUCAUUCACCGUCACGGCCACGCCCACAACCACGCCCACAUUUACGCCAACGAUUCGGGCGUCUUCGAUGGACAUUUCCCCGCCUCCAGAGGGUCUCGGGACGAGCUCACCAGGGUCGGGGUGAUGUCCUUCGGCCCUCGCGUCCUCCACUCCUCGGCGUCGUCGCUAGUCCGAGCUCCCGCAGCGUCCACUUCCUCUCUACACAACGAGGCGGGAAACGGAGGAGGCGUCCAUUAUCGCUCACCGUCCCAUCAGCCCCCUCUCUCUCCAUCGCCAUCUUGUCGUUCUCCCUCCUUCUCUCAUCACAAACUGUCCUUCAUCAGCGCCGUGGAGAGAGACGACUCGCCUCACCUGGGCCACAGGGAGGAACCGAACCGAGUGAAAGUUAACGGACAGCCUAAAGGGCAGAUGCGAGAGUGCCACCUGGUGUCGUCCUCCGGAACGCCGCUCAGCCCGAGCGUCAAAAAGGUGACAGGAGUGGGCGGGACUACGUACGAGAUAUCGGUGUGACAGACACCUGGAAUAGCCAAUCCAUACGCGAGGAAGUACUGCCAUGGCGACCGACACUACCACCAGUGACCGGGCCUCUCUUUCAGGACACUGUAGCCGACCAAUCAGAGCCUUUCUCACAGGGGCGGACGGGCCAAUCGGAGCAGGUCUUUCACCGUUCUGAUCCAAUCAGAGGAGGUCUCUCACCGUCUCUCACCGGGUGCUUUUGGUUGGUGAUCGCUGCAUCUCGGGGGCGGAGACAUUUCUGUGUGUGUGUGUGUGUGUGUGUGUGUGUGUGUGUGUGUUUAAAAUCAGGAGUUUUUAUGUAUCCCUUUAUUCCAGAAGAAAAUUGGUUUAAAAAGCUACAAAGGAAAACAAUCCCCUCUGAAAAGGGCUGAAGUGUCCGUUAACUGUAACAUCCAAUAAAAAGGUGCUCUGUGUGUGUGUGUGUGUGUGUGUGUGUGUGUGUGUGUGUGUGUGUGUGUGUGUUGUAGGCCACCACCUUCCAGUAUCUUUACCGCCACCGUUAUCAUUGUUACACACCUGCAUUAGUGUUAGCAUUAGCAUUAGCAUUAGCAUUAUGCAGUCUGUUUUUAUUUGACUGAAUUCUCACCUCAGAUCUCCAUGUUAGCGCUCUGGCAGGCUGACGGCGGCCAUGUUGUAAUAAUCAUACUCAAAACUAUUGGCACCCUUCAGAAAAUAUCUACAAUCAAUAAUAUAUAAAAUUAUAUAUAGUUUUUAUUAUACAUGUUAAUUUUGUAUAUAGUUAAUAAAACGAUUUAAAAUUAUUUAUUAAUAUUAUAUAUGCAUAUGGAUUACAAUAUAAAAUGAAUAUAAUGCAAUAGCUCUAACAAAAAUCAUUCUUGUGCAUUUUUCUUGUUCAAGAACAAUACUUUAUCAUAAAAACAAAUGUGGUAAAAUUAUUGGCACCCCUAAGAAAUUACAAAUUCUGAUCCUUGGGCUAAAAAAAAUGAUGAUUAUUGUCUAAAUAUUUUUCUUUAUUGUUGCCUUUGAGAAAAUAAUCAGUUGCAAAUGAAAUAAAAAUAUACACAUUUAAUACUAAAAUUUUAAAAGCCAUAGAAGUGCUGAGGAGGCGCAGAAGAUGCAGAAGAUGACAGGUUUCGAGGUUCUGGGUGUUUUAGACUCUGUGUCUGUUACAGAGAGCUGAUUGGACGAGACGCUUUUCCUCGCCGCAGAGCUGCUGAACUUCACCAUCAGGGCUUUUCAUGAAGGGUGCCAAUAAUUUUGGAGUUCACUAGUUUUCCCCUGAACGAGGCAGAUAGAAUUAAAAUGGUGACGUUUUUGUAUGUUCCUUGUGUCGUGCUGAGACUGUGUGUGUGUGUGUGUGUGUGUGUGUGUGUGUGUGUGUGUGUUAGUUUGUUGCAUGUAUUGUGUAGCUUGUCGAUUUGUUUUGCAUGUUAGCUAGCCGUGUUAGCAUGCUACAUUACAGUAAAUAAGGCAGUGAAUAAAAACGCUGUGUGUUAUAAUGAGAAAAAAACGUAUUCUGUUCCGUAACGUAAAUCAGUGUGAGUCUAUCAGGGGGCACAUACUUAUGCUCAGUCUGCCUCUGCAGGGGGGUUACAGUAGUGCACACUCUAGGGCUCUAGUAUGGAGAUCUGUGGUUACAGCGAACAUCAGACACGGUUUUACUGACCGUUCAAAAACUACACAGAUUGUAAAUUUAUAAACAGUCAGGACAGACGAUGCGGCAGAGCUUUAUUAAAAAUAAUCAAUAUUCACUCUACAGUGCGUUUCAUUUCAAUUAUAAUACUGUAUUAUAAUUAUAAUACAGUCACACUGCAGAGUCAAAGUACACGCGUUAAACACACCGUUACUAUUAACCCGACCUUUCACCCUAGCUUAAUCCCGCCCUGACCCCAGUCUGACCUUUCACCCUAACUUUACCCCGCCCUGACCCCAAUCUGACCUUUCACCCUGACUUAACCCCGCCCUGACCCCAAUCUGACCUUUCACCCUAACUUUACCCCGCCCUGACCCCAAUCUGACCUUUCACCCUGACUUUAUUCUGACCUGACCCCAAUCUGACCUUUCACCCUGACUUUAUUCUGACCUGACCUUUCACCCUGACUCCGCCCCCUGGCCUCAUACUACAGAGCAGAACUCUUUAGUGUUAUUUUUAAUGAUAGUUUCAGUUUAUCGCUUUAACGGCAGCUUUAUUUCCCUCAUCGUCUGUUUCUGUAGAUAACGUGUUCCUCUGCACGGUUCCUUUCCCUACCAGCCUAGCCUAGCCUAGCUUAGCCUAGCAUAACGCUAACACUGUCACUGUUCACGUUUAAAUAAGCCGUGAAAUCCCUCAUCAUUUCCGUUAGCGUCACAUCCUGUACAAUGUAAUAUUUUUUUAUUUAUAAAUAUAUUUUUGUCUAAAAUCCGGAGACGUGACUUCACACCUGCUGUUAUCCGAAAGUCAUGAUCUCUCUUUUCUUUUUUUCUUCUUCACUUUUUCUGCAUCCUGUGCUGAUUUUAUGAAAAGAGGUGUGUCAGUGUUUAAGUUAUUAAAAUAUCUUUCAGUCUGGAUGUCUCUAUUUAACCUUCACACCUGAUAUUGUAUAAAAGUUAUUUAAAAAUGACUCUACUUUCAUACGUUACUUUUAUAUAGACCUGUAUAGAAGUGUAACCGUACACGAGCUGUGUGUGUGUGACGGAGCCCAGGCAAGCCGGGAUGUUUUGUCGUUUAUCAUGAGAUGUCGUGUGGAAUUGUUUUGCCCUUGACAGGCUGUCUGGCACAGCAAAGCAUUCUGGGAAAAAAAAAAGAAAUAAAUGAUAAAAUGAUGUGUGUAGAAUCAUAGACAGAAGAAUAAAAACUACGGGAAUUGUUUCUGUUUAAAUAAAAACGUGUUCUGAAGAAUCCAAAUAUUAUAGUUUAAUACUGAGGUACAGCUGUUAUUUUUCUGUUCAUCUAAAAAAAAGUCUAAAUAAAUAAAUAAAUUUAGUCUGAAA